AUGUUUGCUGUUUGUCUAAUUCAUCCGGGCGGAGAGGUGGUAGAAAACAAACCAACCCCAGUGCUACCGUAGCGGUGACGUCAUUGCUCCCAGGUGUGGCACAGGGUGCUAACAGGCGCAGGUAAGCCUCCUCCAGACGAGUUCGGAACGCUGUAUUUUGGACCUAAAAAAGACAUCGGUUCUAUGAUGGGCCGGAAAUAGGUUAGUUUGUUUUAUAGUGCCAGUGGCAGGAAGGAAGUUUGCUGCAGCAAAACAAAGAAAUCCUCGCGGGACUAUAAUUAUCUUCAAAAGUCCAAGUGGGACGCUCAGACAGUAAAUACCCUGCAGAUCGUCUUCUGGAGAAAUGGAAGCUCUGUACUGAAGAAGACGGACCCGAAAAACAUCUUUGUUAAACAGAAUGAUCUAGUUUGUGGACAAUUGACGCUCUCACUCAUUAAAUAUCCGAUCGAUAUACUGUAUGUUUUGGAAGCUACGCGGAGACUUACAGUUGAAGACUGAGCUGUACAGGUGCCUUGAUGACGGACAUUGACCUCGAGCAGCGGGAGCCCUUCCCCGUGGACAGUGAUGAUGGGAAGCAGUCCCACGCCAAAGAGGACCUCCCUGACGGGAGGCGCAAGUUGGGAUGCUGCGAGAAGUUCCAGCAGACCAUCUCCAGGUGGAUGCUUCCGGAAGACGCUCGCAGCACCUAUCUGGAGAGGGCCAACUGCUGCCCGCCUCCCAUCUUCAUCAUAGUCAUCAGCGUGGUGGAGCUGGCCAUGUUCAUCUACUACGCCGUGUGGAAGCCUCAAAAGCAGUGGGUGACGCUGGAGGAAGGCAUCUGGAACAGUCGCCUCACGUACAGACCCGAGUACAGGCAGGAAGCCUGGCGCUUUAUCUCAUACAUGUUUGUCCACGCUGGUGUGGAGCACAUCGUGGGCAACCUCAUCAUGCAGCUCAUACUUGGCAUCCCAUUAGAGAUGGUCCAUAAAGGAUUUGAAGUGGGCAUGGUCUACCUGGCGGGUGUCUUGGCAGGCUCGCUGGCCAGCUCCAUUUUUGAUCCCCUCAGUGCCUUGGUGGGGGCAUCCGGGGGGGUCUACGCCCUCAUAGGAGGCUACUUCAUGAACGCUGUGGUGAAUUUCCGAGAGAUGAUCCCUGUUCUCGGAGUGUUCCGUAUCCUCGCCAUAGUGAUCAUCGUUGGCGUGGACUUUGGAUUCGCUUUCUACAGAAGAUUUGCCACCGACGAGGAGGGUAUGAAGGUUUCAUUUGUGGCUCAUUUCGGAGGAAUCGUAGCCGGCAUGACCAUCGGCUACGUCUUCUUUAGCGACUACAACAAGAAGCUGCUGAAAGACCCCCGUUUCUGGAUCUGUAUAGUAGGCUAUGCCGUUUUUUUCCUCUUUGCCGUUCUCUUCAACAUUUUCAUCUCACCCGCAUCGUAGCGGGAGAGAUGAAUUUUUAGUGAUACACUAAACGCCUUAAAGCUAAUUCUUUUAUGAAUGUUUUUAUUGUUUGUAAUGAACAUAAUGGAAAAGGCCCUCUGCUGGUGACAAGUAGUAAAGUAGUAUGCCAUAUUUCAUGCUUAUACACUAUGGAAAGGUGCUUUUUAAAUGUAACCAUUGGGGUUGAAAAAAGUCUUGCGGGUAGAUGUGCUGAAUUUAUGGAUAUAUAUGUCAUUUUAAGUUAAAACAAAAAAAAAAUUGUCUUGCCUGUGUGUCAACAUUAAUUGCAGGAUUUUCCACUACACAUAUUUUGCAUAUGUACUUUUGUAAUAGACACUUCAAAAGCUCAUUCCCACCAUGUUGUGUAUUUGUGUUUUUAAUACCUUUUGUUGUCAUAUUAAAAGUGGAGUGUGCGAGUA